UGGUCUCUACCCUUCAGGAUGAGCUACCAUCCAUGUCCUCAGCUACUCAUAUGUCUCCACAAAUAUCUGAUAUUGAGGAUGAAGACCUCUUUGCCUCUACUUCUACCCAGCAUGAGCCUUCAGAAAUGUCUGGAGCUGAACCCCCACUCAGCCCCACUGCUGAGGAUGAGCCUCUGUCAACUGACCCUGCUAACUGGCCCUUAACUCUGACUGACAGGAUUCGGACUGAGUUGGUUCGCACAGGACCAAGUAGGUUGCCACCUGACUUUGUUUUCCGUAGGAAUGAGAGUGAUGGAAGAAGUUGCCACCACCAAUAUUUUAAGAAGACAUUAGUUAGUGGUGAAAAGAUGGCAAGAGGUUGUCUGAUGUAUUCCAUGAAGAACAACAGCCUCUUUUGCUUCUGCUGCAAAUUGUUUUCCAAGAGGAACAUUCAUUUAACAAGUUCAGGAAUGGCAAAUUGGAAGCAUGCGAGCACUCACCUCACAUCACAUGAAAACAGUCCAGAACACCUCAAUUGCAUGAAAGCAUGGAAGGAACUGGCAGUGAGGUAAAGAAGUGGGGAAACUAUU